CUAACUUCGACUCGGUGCUCAGUGCAAAGGUCAAGAUACAGAUCCAGGACUUUCCAUAAUGUCAAGACCUAUACGAUUGUCGAGAAACCAUAAACCAUCUCUAUGCUCAUCCGCGAUCCCUUCCCUCUCCAGACCAUUCUCAACCCAACAAAUCCACUCUCGAUCCAUAUCCACUCAUCUCCCCACCCACUCUCCCAACUCUCUAACUUCACCUCUCAAUACCCCCACACCUCCAAAUAACACCUAUUCCCAAAAGACCUCGUUACUUUCAAAUCAUCCUAAUAAAUCACAUAUCACUCGAUCUUUUCAAAACUCACAAUCUCAAAACCCCACUUCCGCACGACGAAAUCACUCAACUUCAACGGUCAACCCUUCUGAAAUAGCCCAUUUCGCACGUUUAUCUUCUGAAUGGUGGGAUGAAAAAGGAGAAUUCGGUUUAUUACAUCGUAUGAACCCUAUUCACUUACAUACAUCUCCUAAUCAAUCAACUCAACAAAUUCAAUCACAACCACUCGAAUCAGAAGAGUGUGAAGAGGAAUGGACGUUUUCUACUAGAUAUCAAAACAGAGAAGAAAACCCGGGUUAUUGGUUAUCCGGUAAAAAGAUUUUAGACGUAGGUUGUGGAGGAGGUUUAUUAAGUGAAAGUUUAACGAGAUUAGGUGGUGAUGUAUUAGGUAUCGAUGCGAGUGAAAAAAAUAUAAUAAUGGCGAAAUUACAUGCUCAAGAUGGAGCAGAGAGGAAAGGAAUGAAGGGAAAUUUGGAAUAUAAAUGUAUGACGGCGGAAAAACUUAGAGAUCAAGGACAGAAAUUUGAUUUAGUGGUUUCUAUGGAAGUUUUGGAACAUGUUGAUCAACCUGAAGAAUUUUUGAAAUGUUUAGGUGAUAUGGUUAUACCAGGAGGUCAUUUGAUUCUUUCCACAAUAUCUAGAACACCUCUAUCAAGAUUUUUGACAAUCACAAUGGCUGAAUCUAUACUAGGUUUAGUUUCCAAAGGUACGCAUACAUGGAAUAAAUUUAUUCGUCCUGAAGAAUUGAAACGGCGAAUCAUUAAUGCCAGUUUCGUACAUUCCGAUAUGGGCGGUCAUUCAAUAUGGCAACUUAAUUCAGAUUCAUCAGAUAUCCAAACCGAUCAAGUUGGUUCUACUCAGGGAAUGGUGUAUAAUCCUUUAAUUGGGAAAUGGGUAUUGAUGCAAGGGGUUGAAGGUACUUUUAGUAAGAAAUGGAAUCAAGGUUGUAAUUAUUUAUUUCAUGCUGAGAAAAGAAAGGUUUCACUUGGUUUGAAGGAUCAUUGA